UGUGCGUGUGUGAAGAGGCGAAUCACUGCUAUUGAAAGCCGCUUGAACACCUCCAUUUGUGGCGACAGAAAUAGAUCUCUCUCCUUCGAGGGCUAGCAAGGACAUGACACAUAUUUCCCUCUUCAUUGUGCUUUUACAAACAGCGAGCGCCGUCUCACACUCACACACACACACACACACACACACACGUACAGGAACUUAGCUGACACACAUGCAUGCACGCCGCCACAUUCACGCACAGGUGACAGAUGCACCUCAGCGAGAGGAUGGAAAGGACUAUUCUAGAAAAUGGGAUCAAGGCAUCAGGCCACCCAUCAUGAAUGGGCCCAUGCAUCCACGCCCCCUGGUGGCACUUCUGGACGGGCGCGACUGCACCGUGGAGAUGCCCAUCCUCAAAGACGUAGCAACGGUGGCGUUCUGCGACGCCCAGUCCACGCAGGAGAUCCACGAGAAGGUGCUGAACGAAGCCGUCGGAGCGCUCAUGUACCACACCAUCACCCUGAUGAGAGAGGACCUGGAGAAGUUCAAAGCGCUGCGCAUCAUCGUCCGCAUCGGCAGCGGCUACGACAACAUCGACAUCAAGUCUGCCGGAGAACUGGGCAUCGCUGUGUGCAACAUGCCGGCAGCCUCGGUGGAGGAGACGGCGGACUCCACUCUGUGCCACAUCCUCACCUUGUACCGACGCACCACCUGGCUGCACCAGGCUCUGCGUGAGGGAACGCGGGUUCAGAGCGUGGAGCAGAUCCGGGAGGUGGCGUCAGGAGCGGCGAGGAUCAGAGGGGAAACGCUGGGACUCAUAGGCCUCGGCCGGGUGGGCCAGGCUGUAGCCCUGCGCGCCAAAGCCUUCGGCUUCAAUGUGAUUUUCUAUGACCCCUACUUGGCCGACGGUGUAGAGAGGUCCCUGGGACUACAGAGGGUCACGACACUACAGGACCUGCUCUUCCACUCAGACUGUGUAUCUCUGCACUGCAGCUUGAACGAACACAACCACCAUCUGAUCAACGACUUCACCAUCAAGCAGAUGCGACAGGGGGCGUUUCUAGUGAACACGGCCAGAGGAGGCCUGGUGGAUGAGAAGGCUCUGGCCCAGGCCCUGAAGGAGGGGAGGAUACGUGGAGCUGCCCUGGAUGUUCACGAGACAGAACCCUUCAGUUUCAGUCAGGGCCCGUUGAAGGAUGCGCCCAACCUGAUCUGCACCCCACACGCUGCCUGGUACAGUGAACAGGCGUCGCUGGAGAUGAGGGAGGAGGCGGCCAGGGAGAUCCGGAGGGCCGUCACAGGUCGCAUUCCAGACAGUCUGAAGAACUGUGUGAACAAGGAGUUUCUCACCCAGAACAACCACUGGGCCGGUGUUGACCCAGCCACUGUUCACCCUGAGCUCAACGGGGCUUAUAGGUAUCCCCCAGGAGUGGUGAAUUUACCGGCAGGCGGUCUCCCACCUUCGGUGGAGGGCAUUGUACCCAGCGCCGUGCCCAUCACGCACACCCUUCCGCCCGCUGCCACGCACCCCCCUCACGCCCCGUCCCCAGGACAAAACACAGUGAAGCCACCAGAGGGCGACAGAGAGCAGCAUCCAAACGACCAAGUGUAGCCACACGUGCACGGACGCUUGUCCAUGUUAUCAGGCGCCCGGAGGCGGUUGCCAAAGCGACAAGUUCCUUAGUGACAAGUUGGUACCAGACAGAUUCCCAGAGCAUCGUAUCAAAAGGUUCGAGCCCCCAAAAUAAUAGACUUACAACUCACUGGCAAUUGGUUCACACGCUAAAAGUGCAAGAAGAGGAUAAUAAGCAGGUGAGAAAGAGGAACGGAUGGCGGUCGGAUGCUACAGUCAGAGAGCACGGCCAGAAAAGCUGUAACACAGCAACAGUGAGUAUUAAAGAGUCAGAGGGAAAAGAUGAUAAUAACAAUACUACAUAUCUUUUAUGAAAAAAAAAACUGAAUCCACUUCUGCUGUCUUAGACUGUAGUGUGUCCAAAGUUAGAGGCGCAGGUUUCAUGUCUUCUCUCCAUUUUGUGUCCUUUCCUUAGUUUGAUGUACAUGCAAACGUAGUAGGUUAUGAAAUGAAUGUAACCUGUCUGUAUACAGUUUUUAGACUUACAGCAAGAAGAUACUGAUAUUUGUAUUCCAGUCUUAACAAAAACAAGAGGAAUGAUCUCUAUGUAGCCAAACUGGGUGAAGAAUACGAUCAUGCGUUUUGGUUUCGUGUGUCCCCAAAUUAACGAGAGGCAGCUUUUUGCACACCAUCUCAGGAAAUUAAGUUUCCGCAGUUGGUAUUUUUGUUUUUUGAAUAUUCCUUUUUAUGCCACACAGUGCUUUUGUUUUCUACCUGCUUGCCUUUUCAUGUCCCACUAUAUUAGAGACAUAACAAAAACUGAAACCCUGACAUUUGCUUUUUGUUUAAGGAGCAUGUGGGUUUGCUCUUGGGACUCGUGUAAAUGUUUGACCCAAAUUGUAGGAAGGUUAAAGGUUAUGGAGAGGUGGCAAAAUGGUAUAUGCUUGGCAGCAAUGACUUUAUUCCUGGCCUUGAUAUUAGAUUGUGUGACAGUGCAGGAUUAUGUUGUAGGUCAUCGACAUUGUGCAGCGGCAUGAAAGGCUUUUUAUAAUAGCUUCUUAAAUGAUUUAAUGCUUCCACUUGUAGACACGUUAUGGCCCAGGUUUAUUUUAGCACACUACUGAUGACAAGUCUGUUGCACAACAUGCUGUAAAGCGAGCACUUCACUGACGUUUCCUUUCAGACAUGUCGAAUCACCCAAAGGGUGAAAACUGCACUGCAGAAACUGCCAAAACCAUUUUCAGUUCUUAUUUGAAAAGGCACGUGUUUUUACAGAUCCAGUUAAUGGGUGACUGACAGGAGGAGGUACAGUUGUGUUUCUGUUCCACACCCAAAUCAACCUUUAAAAAAAUAUUAUAACAUAUUGACUUAUAGUAUAUACAUAUAUAUAUAUAUAUAUGUAAGUCAGCCCUCAAAAAGAGGAACAAUCUGCUUGUGUGAACACAAAAGUCUGGUUUUAUACACAACAUCAUAAGCAUAUGCACAAUGAAGUAAAGCAUGCCAAUGUACAGAUCUCUCCCAGCUUAACAUUUCAAGAUGGCUCCUUCCUGCGUAUACCGUUUAGCCACGCUCCGUGGCCUCUGUGUCUAUGUGUACAUAUGGUGUUCUGCCUGCCUGUGUCAAUGUGACUUGGUUGUAUCUGUGUCUAAAAAAGCAGCACUGGGAGGAGGGGUGGUGGUCAGUACUCUCCACGUGGCGUCAUCACAAAGACAUCCAAAUGCGAAUCAACCGUGAAAAACAAAGGACAUGCUUUGAAGCAGAGGCACAAAUGAAGCCAGUAUCCAUCAAUCUACUGUACUGGUUUUACCCACAAGAUGCUGACAAAAACACCUGAAGCCCCUGUUGUGUUGUUGUGAGCAGGCCAGCUGAGUGUCGGUGCUUUCUGGAUCCCCUUCUACCAGCAGCUGAGUAGUACAAACAGUUCACUGUUGCCUACCUGCUCGUCUUCAUGGUGAGGUAGUAAGAGUAGCAAUCAGGGAUGGACGUUUCACUAGCCGUCGGUGUCUGGCUUCCACUGGCUGCAGUCUAAACGGGGUGUCUAUCACAAAGGUACUGAGGUCACGUUUCCAUAUCGCUCUCAAGCGAGACCCCCAAAAUCCUCAAACUCUAAAUGCUUCCUCUACAGACGCCUACCUCCACGCGGGGCAGGAAUUCAUACAGACUGUGAGCAUUCCUCAAUCAAUCUGACGCGUGCCACAAAUCAAACACUGCAGACUAGCUUUUAACGUGUCAAGGUGCUCCUUGAAAGUCCAUCCCUGAUAGUAACACAGUCCACUGUUGCCUACCUUGGUCCCCUUUAUGAAAAGUAGUAGGCGUAGCAAUAUACAGUAUACAUAUUCUAUAUUCUACAGUAAAUAUCAUUAUUUUUGGUCAAAACUGACAACUUGACAAAGAUAUGUUUGUGAUUGUAUGCAUUUGUAUGAAUUAUUUUAAAAGGAAAUAAACAGUGGAAAGGUGCAA